AUGACCAAGAUGAGUCAACUUCCGCCGCACCACACCACCUUCCGCCGCCCCAUAUAUCCUUUCGCCACGGCCUCCGCCCAUUUCCCUACCUCACGUCUCCUUUCCGCCGCCCCUAGUCAACCUCCGCCACCCUACAUCGCCUUCCGCUGCCCUACCUAUCCUUCCGCCAUUACCUCCGCCCAUCUCCUUACCUUACGUCUCCUUUCCGCCGCCCCUAGUCAACCUCCGCCACCCUACAUCGCCUUCCGCUGCCCUACCUAUCCUUCCGCCAUUACCUCCGCCCAUCUCCUUACCUUACGUCUCCUUUCCGCCGCUCCAAUCAACUUCCGCCGCCCUACGACGCCUUCCGCUGCCCUACCGAUCCUUCCGCCACGAUCUCCGCCCAUCUCCCUACCUCACGUCUCCUUUCCGCCGCCCCUAGUCAACGUCCGCCGCCCUACAUCGCCUUCCGCUGCCCUACCGAUCCUUCCGCCACGAUCUCCGCCCAUCUCCCUACCUCACGUCUCCUUUCCGCCACCCCUAGUCAACGUCCGCCGCCCUACAUCGCCUUCCGCUGCCCUACCGAUCCUUCCGCCACGAUCUCCGCCCAUCUCCCUACCUCACGUCUCCUUUCCGCCACCCCUAGUCAACGUCCGCCUCAACUUCCGCCGCACCACACCACCUUCCGCCGCCCCAUAUAUCCUUUCGCCACGGCCUCCGCCCAUCUCCUUACCUUACGUCUCCUUUCCGCCGCCACUAGUCAACCUCCGCCACCCUACAUCGCCUUCCGCUGCCCUACCUAUCCUUCCGCCAUUACCUCCGCCCAUCUCCUUACCUUACGUCUCCUUUCCGCCGCCCUACGACGCCUUCCGCUGCCCUACCGAUCCUUCCGCCACGAUCUCCGCCCAUCUCCCUACCUCACGUCUCCUUUCCGCCGCCCCUAGUCAACGUCCGCCGCCCUACAUCGCCUUCCGCUGCCCUACCGAUCCUUCCGCCACGAUCUCCGCCCAUCUCCCUACCUCACGUCUCCUUUCCGCCACCCCUAGUCAACGUCCGCCGCCCUACAUCACCUUCCGCUGCCCUACCGAUCCUUCCGCCACGAUCUGCGCCCAUCUCCCUACCUCACGUCUCCUUUCCGCCACCCCUAGUCAACGUCCGCCGCCCUACAUCGCCUUCCGCUGCCCUACCGAUCCUUCCGCCACGACUUCCGCCCAUAUCCUUACCUUACGUCUCCUUUCCGCCGCCCCUAGUCAGCUUCCGCCUCCCCACAUCGCAUUCCGCGGCCCUACCUAUCCUUCAGCCACGACUUCCGCCCAUCUCCUUACCUUACGACUCCUUUCCGCCGCCCAAGAGCACUUCCGCCGCUCCACAUCUCCUUCCGCCGCCCGAAACCAUCGAUACCAAUACCAUUAUGCCAGUUCCUGA